UUUGUGAGUACUGUGUUCAUAUUGAGUGCCACGACUUCAGUGUUGCGAACUGUAAAGAAUGUGCCACGUAUCCAUCUAGUAGAAAUCUCCCUUCUGUAACUCAGUUUCAUCACUGGCGGGAAGGUAACUUACCAGGAAACUCCAAGUGCCACUUCUGUAAGAAAACGUGCUGGUCGGUCGAAUGUCUCUCUGGCAUAAGGUGUGAGUGGUGUGGUCUGACGGCCCAUGCCACUUGUUACAAGAACCUUCCAGUUGAGUGUAACUUUGGAUGCUUGGCUAGCAUCAUGCUUCCACCGAGUUGUGUUAGCAUUCCACGCACAUAUGUACCUCUGGAGACUAUAAUGGGGGUUCAAACCAAAAGGAGAGAGACCAUGUCUCCUGCACGAAGUAUAUCAGAAGAAAUUUCCUCCAGCGGAGACAUGAAAAACAAAGAAUUUGAUGAUUAUCCAUCGCCAAAGGAAAAAGACCGAGUAGAAGAACUAAUUAAGGUAUACGAUGGAAAUUCGUCAAUGAAAAGGUCGGCAUAUAGGACAAUCAGUAUUUCUCAAAAAGCAACGAGGGAACAAGUCAUCGGAGCAGCACUAAGAGCAUUCCACAUCCAUGAUGAUCCAAACAAUUACUACCUGAUAGAUGUUUUUGAUCCCAAUGAAAAGGAACUUGGGGACUUCCUGCCAGUGCAGAGCUUAAUCCGGCGAGAAGGAAAGAGACCGGCUAUGUUGUUGCGCUAUCGUCCACCAGAUCCAGAGAAGGGAUCUAUAAGGAUCUAUCUUGGUAACUUAGGGAUAAUUUCAUGGUAUAUGGUUAACUCUGUUCACGAAAGGAUUAUGGACAAUCAGGAGUGCCCAUGGGAACUUCUUAGGAAUAUAGCCAGGGAAUCUAUCAGAGAGAUGAGCUUGACAAGGUUUUACCUUCAGCAGAAAGAUGAAUCUUCUAACACCACAGUAGCACUGUUUAUUGGAAACCUCCCUCCCAAUCUUUCGCAAAGACAAUAUGAAAAGAUUCUCAUUAAUAUGUUGGGCAAACCUUACAGGUUCAAACAGAUUGGGCCGAUCUACUAUGAAUAUGGUUCACUGAUUGUUUCUUAUGACAACGCAGACAUAGCAGUGAAAACCUUCUACAUGUUGAGAGAAUGCAGUUUUGAUGAUAAGAACCUUCUAGUUCUCCUCCUACCAAAUAUUACCUCAGAGAUGAUUCCACCAGGAAUUAGGCCAUUGUUGGUGUUUGUCAAUGUGAAGAGUGGCGGCUGUCAGGGACUAGUAUUGCUAUCCUCCUUCAGAAAGUUGCUGAAUCCUUACCAAGUGUAUGACCUAGAGAACGGUGGGCCUCUGCCAGGUCUUUAUGUAUUUAGACGAGUUAAGGACUACAAGAUUCUUGUUUGUGGAGGAGAUGGUACAGUAGGCUGGACUCUACAGUGUCUCGACAAUGUUGGUCAAGAUUCAGAAUGCUCAUCCCCUCCAUGUUCUAUCCUGCCUCUUGGAACGGGCAACGACCUUGCACGGGUCCUUCGUUGGGGGCCAGGCUACACUGGCGGAGAAGAACCGCUUACAGUCCUCAAGGAUAUUAUAGAUGCAGAAGAGAUCAGGCUAGAUAGGUGGACUGUAGUGUUUCACUCUGAUGAAAAACCUGAUGAAAGGCCAGGAAUUGUGAGUAACAGCUCUGGAUCCACGUCUGAGGACAACACAGCCAUCUUCAUGAUGAACAAUUACUUUGGAAUUGGCAUCGAUGCUGACCUGUGUCUUGACUUUCAUAAUGCCAGGGAAGAAAAUCCUAACAAGUUUAAUAGCAGACUUCAUAACAAAGGGGUUUACUUUAAAAUGGGCCUUCGGAAGAUGGUGGGCAGGAAACUGUGGAGAGAUUUAAACAAAGAGGUUCGCCUCGAAGUGGAUGGGAAAAUGGUAGAUCUACCGCCAGUUGAAGGAAUCAUCAUUCUAAAUAUUCUGAGCUGGGGAUCAGGAGCCAACCCCUGGGGUCCUGAAAGAGAGGACCAGUUCUCUAAGCCUAACCACUAUGAUGGAAUGUUAGAAGUAGUGGGAGUUAUGGGAGUCGUCCAUAUGGGACAGAUUCAAAGUGGACUUCGGAAUGCUAUCAGAAUUGCACAGGGAGGACACAUUCGAAUCCGACUCAACACUGAUAUGCCUGUACAAGUGGAUGGAGAACCUUGGAUUCAGAGUCCUGGGGAGGUCGUGGUUCUUCGCUCUGCCCUCAAGGCUACCAUGCUCAGGAAAAGUAAAAUGAAACGUAGAAAUACAGAAUCGGUUCUUGCCUCAUCCAAUGCAGAACGAUCUUAUGAAGACUGAUUUGUUAUGUUAGGCAGAAACCUAGCUAGGGCAAGUGAUCCCUGUGGCUCCAUAGACAAGUUAUGUUUCUCUUAGUAUUGAAGACCUUGGCUGAUAGUUCAGACUUUGGGAUCUGUCUGAAGAAGUGUUUAUUUAAACAGAAACCUAGCUAGGACAAGUGAUCUCUGUGGCUCCAUAGACAAUGUCAAGAAGACAAGAAACCUUGUUCCUGCAAGUUAUGUUUCUCUUAGUAUUGAAGACCUUGGCUGAUAGUUCAGACUUUGGGAUUUGUCUGAAGAAGUGUUUAUUUAAAAAGAAACCUAGCUAGGACAAGUGAUCUCUGUGGCUCCAUAGACAAUGUCAAGAACACAAGAAACUUUGUUCCUGCAAGUUAUGUUUCUCUUAGUAUUGAAGACCUUGGCUGAUAGUUCAGACUUUGGGAUCUGUCUGAAGAAGUGUUUAUUUAAACAGAAACGUAACUUGGUAUAGUGAUCCUUCUUGUUCUAUAGGCAGUGUAAAGAACACGGGAAGCUUCGAUCAUGCAACUUAUGUUUUUCUUAAUGUCGAAGACCUCGUCAGAUAGUUCAGAGGGCAAGGUCUGCCUGAAGAAGUGUUUUUUUUUAGAAAGAAACCUAGCUAGGUAUAGUGAUCCUUCUGACUCUAUCGGCAGUCUCAAGAACAUAGGAAGCUUAUUUUGUGCAAGUUGUAUUUAUCUUAAAGUCAAAGAUCUUGUCAGAUAGUUCAGAGUAUGGGGUCUGACUUUACAGAGCAUACAGUUGUCAUGAUCUGGUAUAUUGGGUUUUUUCACUUUCUAGUCAGUUUUGAAAUUGGAUCUUUGAGUCUCGUUGUUAUCUUGUAUUUUUAAAAAUUGGUGAAAAACCUGUUGUACUGUUUUAGCUUUAUUAUUAAUCAACAGUACUAAACUUGUUAUAUAAAGUGUUAUAUAUGCAUUCAACAAGUUCUAGACUUCAGCAAAUUAUGUACAGCAGCUAUUUUACAAUUAUUUAAGUAAUUUAUUCUGUUGCAUUUAUAUUAUUUCAA